AUGUCGGCUCUCACAAAAGAUCAAUUGAGUCGCCUUCAGGACGAUGUCCAACUCGAACUCCAGCGUCGAGAGUGGGCCGAGCCCGACGACACCGUAAUGGCCGAGUACGUCUGUGUACUUCUUGCCAACGGCAACCCCCGGGACCGCGUCAAGUCCGAGAUGGAGGACCUUGUCGGCGCCGACUUUGAAGACUCGUUCCUCGACUGGCUGUUCAUCAGCCGUGAUGCCCUCGCCCAGCCGGCGCCUACCGUCGCCGCUGCUGCAGCCCCCGAGACCGCGCCUGCUCCCGAGGCCACAUCUGGUCGCCCCAACUCUGAUGGUCCCGGGGCUGGUUCCCGCAUGUUCGCCUCCGCUGUCGAGGGCACCAAGCGCAAGGCCGACCCCAUCCCCGAGGAACAGAACAAGCGCCGCCUCCCCGAUGCUCCUCUCGGAGCGUCAUCAGCACCGUCUGGCCCCCGCGCAAUGCAAGGCCACGCUCCCCAUGGCGGCCGUACUCUCGCAGACAGGUUGGGGCCUCGUGGUGGACCAGCACAGCGUGGCGGCUUCAACGUGCGCGGUGCCGCAAACGGCGGCCGUCCUGGCCAGUUCCCGGGUGGUCCCAUGGCAGGCGCGUUCCGUCCUCAGUUCCAGCAGCAGCAGCAGCAGCAGCAGCAGGGCCAGCAAUUCGGCUUCAUGCCUGGUCAGCAGGAGAUGAUGAUGCAGAUGAUGGCCAUGCAGGCCAACAUGGCUCAGAUGGCGGAACAGAUGGCCAUGAUGGCAGAAGAGAAGGCGCAAGGCCCGCGUGCUGUCAGGCCGCCCAGGACCACACCCGUCAAGGUUCCGUCUGGCACCAAGCUGGGCGGUCACGCCGUCUCCGCCAUCCAGCCAAAGUCUGGCUCCCUUGGUCCCAUUCCCGACAAGCCAAGCUCGACCGCCCUGUGCAAGUUUGGCGUCGGCUGCAGCAACGCACGCUGUACAUACUCGCACCCUUCACCUGUCGCGGACGAAAAGACUGGCAUGGUGUUGAGCGAGGAAGCUUGCGAGGCAGGCAAGAACUGCAAGGACCCGGAGUGUAUUGAGAGCCACGUGAGCCCAGCAGCUGUCCAUGGCGAGACCGCUGGCCCCAGCCGCAUGCUCUGCAAGUACCAGAACUGCACAAACCCCACCUGCCAGUUCCGUCACGAGGACGCCGACGGCAACUUUAUCCCUCCCCCGGCCCAGACCAAGACUCCAAACCGCGUCUCAUUACCCGCCACUUCGGACAGCAGCAACGAGGUCGUCAUGAAGCCUAGCCUCGACGUCGCCCUGGACAACACCUCGACUGCGCGCCCGUGCCGUUACGCUGAGAGAUGUACGAGGGCCGACUGCAAGUUCUCCCAUCCGGCUUCCCGCCCGGCUCCUCGUGGAGGCCCGGCCAAGCGCGGCGGCGCGCCCUCGAGCUCGCGCGACUCCAUCGCGGGCGAGAUGCGCAAGAGCACCAAGUUUGGUGCCCCCAGCGCGGCUCUCAACCCCGCUGCCGGCGAGUUCAAGCCCGCCGGUGCCGCUGAGGUCGACGCGGAGCUACAGGUCACGCUCUAG